AUGCAACACUUAACAACAUCAUCAUCGGAUGCCGAUUUUCAUAAUUCGCUUAUAAGACCAAACAUCGGCGAGCUCAUCGGCAGUUUCCUUUUUGCAUUUCUAGGCUGCUUCGCCGGACAACAUCCACACAUUAAAGAGUUCACUUAUCCAAUAUUCACCGCCUUAUCCCUAUACAUUUCAAGAGCCCUAGUUCUUCACGCAACACCCGCCUACUUCAAUCCAGCGGUCACAAUUGUGCAAUGCGUUCGACGCGAGAUUCCAAUUGCUCUCGCGAUCUCCUUCAUCGUCGUCCAACUUUUCGCAUUUUUCGCCGCGAUCACAAUUUUCAGAUGUCUUACAGAUCAAUCUGUCGUCAAUGAUAAUUUAAUAUUAUACGAUUUAGUCGAAGAUAUGGGCAUUCGACGAGUUUCGAGAUUACAGGCAUUCUUAAUCGAAAUGGCCCUUUCAAUUGUGUUCUAUUCAUCAUUUCGCCUCAAAAAGAAUAAGGAAGCAAUUAUCGCACUUUCAUGGGGAUUAAUACAAUACAUUUCCUUUCCAUUAUAUGGAUUUUCUUCAAAUAUUUCCCUACUCUUCGCCUCCUCAAUCAUUUCGCUUAUAUUUUCUCCAACAACGACGCCAUCAGUGAUUCUUCUAUAUCUAAACGUCUUCAAUGCUCUUGUCUCAGUAGUACUCACAGUUUCAAUUGAUGUGUAA